AUGGCUGGAGGAAAAUUCUUGCCUUUCUUGGCUAUGGUCAUUGUGCAAUUGGGUUAUGCUGGGAUGAACAUUAUAUCAAAGCUCGCCAUGGAUUCCGGCAUGAACCCUUAUGUUCAUGUUGCUUAUCGACAAAUAUUUGCCUCUGUAUGCCUCGUCCCUUUUGCUUAUUUCUUGGAGAGGACAACCAGACCUCAAAUGACAUUAUCGAUCCUUUUCCAAAUAUUCCUAUGUUCCAUAUUCGGGGUCACAUUGAAUCAGAUCACAUAUUUGGUCGGACUGAAGAAUUCUACUCCAACAUUUGCAUGUGCAUUGACAAAUAUAAAUCCUGCAGUCACAUUUGUCAUGGCUAUUCCUUGUAAAUCAAGUGUUCAUUGGAAAUAUGCUGAAAAGACAGGAACCAAGGAUUCAAUCAACCAUGUUAAUUUGAUUUUGGGCCCUUUUCUCCUCCUUAUUAGUGCUAUUUCUUGGGCUAUUUGGUUAAUUAUCCAAACAAGAGUCUGUCAGCAAUAUGGGGCUCCAUAUUCGAGCUCAGCAAUAAUGUGCAUAAUGGCAAGUGUUCAAUGUGUGAUUGUGGCCAUUGGCUUCGACCACAACUUAUCAGCCUGGUCAUUAAGCCAACCCAUUAGGGUUGUUUCAGUCAUCUACUCGGGAAUAAUAUGCUCGGCAAUGGCAUUUUGUCUAAUGACAUGGUGUAUUAGAAAGAGAGGAUCAGUAUUGAUUGUUAUGGGACUUUAUGGUGUACUAUGGGGGAAGAAUAGAGAAAUCGAGGUCAUUGUUCAUAAUAUUGAGGAUCAAGAUGAAGAAAGAAUUACAGCAAACGAAUUUGAAAUUACAACAAGAAAUGGAGAAAUUACUGCACCAAAUGGCAUGGAAGUUACAGAAACAAAUGGCAUGGAAAUUACAGUUAUUUGA